GGAGUAGAAUAUCAAUUGUCACGAUUCUUGUGCGAUUUUAUGUGAUAAGUUCACGUUUGAUCAAUUAUUUAACGUGCUAGUUUUAACCUAUAGUCAUUUUUGUACAUAAUUAGCAUGUCGGGCGAAUCUCCAAUCCCACCUCCAGUUUUAUGGGCCCAGCGGAAGGAGGACGUCUUCCUCACGUUUAGCGUCGAAUCUAAAGAGCCGAAUAUUAAAAUAGAAAAGGAUUCAGUUCAUUUUAAAGGUAUCAACGCUCAAGACAAUAAAGUUUUAGAGGUGACAAUACCAUUGUACGAUGCUGUGAUACCUGAAAAUAGUGGAUUCAUUAAUAAAGGAAGGUGUAUAGAAAUGGUGCUACGUAAAGAAAAGAAAGACGCUCCUUACUGGCCUUCACUAACAAAAGAUAAGAAAAAGCCGCAUUAUCUCAAGAUCGACUUCAACAAGUGGAGAGACGAAGAUGAUGAAGAAGAAAAUGGUGGUGGUAAUGAUACUUAUGACAUAGAAGAAAUGCUGCGUUCAAUGGGGGGCGGCGGCCCAGGUGGUGCAGCCGGUGAUAAGGCAGAGAAACCCUCCUUCGACGACUUAGAAAGUGAUUCAGAUGAUGAAAACCUACCAGAUCUAGAAUGAGCCUCUUGUAGUAAUAACGCUUAUAUUUAAACUCUGACAGUACAUUAUUGUAUAUUAAGGUUUUUACAGUUAUAAUAAAAUCACCCUAAAAAUUAA